GAAGGAGUAAGUAAUCAGCCAAUACCACAGGCUGGCGUUUGUCACAUACCCUACGCAGAUUUGUAAACUUCAAUCUUGUUUUAAAAAGUUAACUGCGUUGAUGAGCCAAUCCGUAUGGUAGUAUGUUUUAGUAAACUGUUCACGUAACGUCCCGUUUAGAUGCCCGUGAAAACACUGACGUCAAAGUCACCUAAAAAGCUUCACGAGGAUAUGGGUAUGGCGAUAUUUGAAAAAUUGAAAAAGUGUCUAGCCUUGUCUCGCUUAAAGUAAAACUAUUGCAGUUCUCCGGAUUGUCAGACAGCAAGAAUGCACCAAGGUCCAAAAAGAUGGAGGAGAAAGCAUUAGAAGUAUACGAUGUUAUUCGCACGAUUCGAGACCCUGAGAAGCCUAACACGUUGGAGGAACUGGAUGUUGUGACGGAGAAAUGUGUUGAGGUCCAAGAUCUUGGAGAGGACGAAUACCUCAUCAUUAUCAAGUUCUCCCCAACUGUCCCCCACUGCUCUCUGGCUACACUAAUCGGCCUGUGCUUACAAGUUAAACUGCAGAGAUGCUUGCCGUUUAAACACAAGUUGGAAAUUUACAUUUCUGAAGGAACUCAUUCUACUGAGGAAGAUAUUAACAAACAGAUCAACGACAAGGAGAGAGUAGCAGCUGCUAUGGAGAACCCCAACCUGCGGGAGAUCGUGGAGCAGUGUGUUACUGAACCUGAUGACUGAGCCAAGGGACUGACUUCUCAGGACUUUAGUAUUAAUUAGCCAACGAAUGGAAACAUUUUGCUAUUGUGUGCCCUAAUGAAUACGACCCAGCCAUCAGCUUAAAAUCCUAGUCAUCAUGGA